AUGCCGCGAGUGCGAGCGCGAGAUAUGCAAGUGCCAUACGAGAUUGCUUGGAUCGUCCCAAGCGAUGAAGCUUUCGUUGCUGGCCAUCGAGUCUUGCAGACCGAUGCUGCAAUUGGCGUCUGGACAGACGACGUGCCCACAGAUUCCUCUACCGGCCCCCGUCAGUAUCCAUAUACUCACACAGAAGUCAAUAGUCAUGCGGCCUAUCCGACAAAUGCUGGAUACAAAGGCAACAUACCUCGUUUGGCUGAGGUAAUGGUUGAGGCCCUCAAUAAUAAUGGUCUGCAGCUUCGGAUGUGCAUGGUCAGCGACCUCGGCCAUUUUACGACUGUACCAAAUGGCGUGUAUCUUGGCUUCAACCAUUGCGUGGUUGACUGUUAUAAUGUCGAAGGCAGACUUAGUGUUUCGGUUAGAAAGGAGAGUAUAAGGAACGCAAAGAGCCUUCUGACGGUGGUGAGAAACUUGGUCAUCAGCCAAGAUACAUCCAGUGACUGCAUAUACAAAGCUUUCCCUGCUUAUGACUAUUCGGACCCAUCUCUCGAACCAUACAUUUGCCGUGCGCCACCUUUCAAAGACCUGCCAUGCCUGAAAUUUACAGGCCUAUGCCAUCGCUCCGACGUAUCUCAGCAACCGGUAGACCAUUCGUAUGAAGUAGCUGCGUGGCAUGUCUGCUCUGUUCUCCAGCACCUACCGACGUUGGAGGCAACAGUGCCCGACCCGCGCCGCAGAGAACGUUGA